AUGAACUCUAGGAGUGAAACCAGAGGGAAACAGGGCACCGGCUGGGAACUUAAAAAUACGCGUGAAGUAAAUGAGGAAGAGGUGAACGGAUUUAACCUGACGAAGUCUUGGAGUACCGUUCUCUAUGAAUAUGGACGCCAAUUCGCAGAAUACUGCAUUAGUACAUCAUAUUUAUUAUACGUUCGACUCACUUUUGUCAAUUUGUUGAUAUUUCUUUUAAAAUACGUGCCAACGGGAUUCUAUGUGUACAAGUUAGUGAAAGAUGUUUACCUAACAUCUCGACGAAGAAUUAAUGAAAGACAAAUGGAAAUGGACGAUAUUCAGCUACAGAUAAAGAUAGUGAACACGAAGUUAUGCUUCCGUGAUGCGGAAUUUACUGAGCGUACAGAACAGUUGCAACGCAGUGCGGAAAGGCUGCGAAGCGUACGGGCACGAGUACGAGACAUAAUUGCCAAUGAUGAAGGUCUACGCCAUACGCUCGUCACUGCAGCUCAAUGGGACGCAGAACACGACGCACAUUUACAUUAUGCAUCAAAAGAACAAGACCAGCAAUUUAUAGUGGAAUUAAUAGGGGAAAUAAAAAAUGUACCUGGGACAUCAAAUGUGAACUCACCGGAGAAAGUGUGCAGUGAAAACGCACAGACCGAUCAGAAAACACCUGAGAAUAGUGUAUACUCGUCCUUAAGUGAUGUCGAUAUUCGGCAGGACUAUCGCGUUAAGAUUGUCAAAGUCACUAAUGUGUACAAAGUGGCUUAUCUUAAGAAUUUCAUCAAACAGAAAAAGUUACGUAGAGCCAAUAAGCAGGCAUUAUUGAAAAAAAAAAUGGAGAACAUAAAAAAUCUAUUAGAAGAUUGGCAGAAAACCUUAAACAUGGUGAUCAAUAGCAAAAUGACUAUACUAAACAUUGAUUCACGUCCCAUGGACCUUGUUUCCCAAGAGGCCAUGGGUGAUUAUUCUAAACCCAACGGUUUGUCUGAUUCAGACAGUGAUUUGAGGAACAGCUUGACGGAUUCGUGCUAUGAUGAGUAUAACCAAAGCUGGAUGCCAAACCAGUACCAACCUUACACGUAUAACUAUGAUGGCGUACCCGAUGCAACUGUAUUAAAUGACUUUUGUGAAACUCAAGACUGUGAUGGGCGAUAUACAUCUUUUUUCAGCGAUCGCGGCAAAAGUCAGAACAUGAUGUCGAUUAUCGAGGAAACCAACAGUGAAAUAGCCGUUGAAGAGAAUAAAAGCGAAAUAGACGACGAGGGCGCAGGCAGUGAUAGACGUUCAUUAACUUUGUAA